AUGUGGUUGCUUGAGAAGAUCCGCGGCUCAGUGGAGAACGGGGGAUCCCGGGGCAACGGUGACUCUGGCGAUAAGCAGUCCAAGGGGCCUCUGUACAGCAAUGUCCUGACGCCGGAUAAGAUCCCGGAUUUCUUCAUCCCGCCCAAGCUCCCAAUGGUGCCCCCGGAAGCAGAGGGGACAGAAGGGAAGCCGAAGCCCAACCUGGGCACUUCGGCCUCGGAGCAGAACCUCUCGGCCCGCAAGCCGCAGCGCAGCCCGCGCUUGCCGGCAAAGGCCGCCUCGGAGAGCAAGAAUCUCCUGAAGGCCGCCAGCCGCCACAUCAUCCAGAUCGAGAGCGCGGACGAGUGGGCGUCUGAGGAGGACUUCAGCACCAACGCGGACCCCCAGUCGCAGACGGCCAUGUCCCUGCCGUACGUCCCCAAGGCCCAGACGUCCUACGGCUUCGCGACGCUCAUGGAGAGCCCGCACACCCGCCGCAAGGAGUCCCUCUUCCACAGCGAGCACACCAGCCUGUGCCCGUCUCAGUCGACCUCUCCCAGCUCCCAGAGGAGGUCGCCCUCGGGGGGGAGCAAGGCGAACGGCGAGGGCGGCCACCUCAACCCUUCGGACAUCAGCAUGUCCCUCAUGAACCCCUACCGCUACUUCAGCGGCGGCGAAAGCGACACGUGCUCCUCGGCCGAGUCGUCGCCGUUCGGCUCCCCCUUGCUCUCGCGCUCCGUGUCGCUCCUGAAGAUCUUCAGCCAGGAGAGCCAGUCGAAGGUCAUCAAGCUGAAGCACUCGGUCGCACGCAACAGCUCCCUCUCCACCGACGACAGCUCGGCCGACACGAGCCCCAGCUCGCAGCGGCGCCAGCGGUGCGCCACUCCUUCCGCGGGGGGAGCCGGUGGCGCGGCGCAACAGCCCGCGGCUCCGGCGGACCAGCCGGAGCGGCUCCACAAGGAGCACAUUAUUUCGCUGAGCAAAGGAGGCAGCAUGCGCCUGGCGGCCGAGUACAACCCUUCGAGCGCGCGGCUGCGGGUGCGGGUCAUCACGGCGGAAGACCUCUACGACAAGCACUGCGACGCGCGGAGCAUCAACUGCUGCGUGGCCCUCUACCUGAACCCGGGCAAGCUGCAGAAGCAGCGCAGCACCAUCAUCAAGAACAGCCGCUACCCGGUCUUCAACGAGGAUUUCUUCUUUGACGGGCUGGGGGCCGGCAACGUGAAGAAAAUGUCCCUCAAGGUCAAGGUGCUGAACAAGGGGGGAAGCCUCAAGAGAGACACCCUGAUGGGAGAGAAGGAACUCCCCUUAACCUCUUUGCUCCCCUUUUCAUAACGCUUC